UUGUCACUACCAGAAAUAAAAACCUGCCUACAUAUCUGUAGCUGCAUUAUAAAAAAGGUUAAACUAGAUUGAAUUCAUUCUCUGCAGGAGGCUGCAUCAUUUUGACACAUAGCCUAAUGGAGCCUUCGUAGCUGUGGUGGAAACAUAUUCAAAUCAAUGGGAACCCAAAAUCCUGACCUUACACACAAGAAUAGUUUUCACCACUGUUUAAAAUCUGUUACCAUAGAUCGAAAUGUGUCAUAACUGUUGAUGAUAAAAUGUGCAGAACAUGAACAUUGCAGUAUCAAACCAUUCAAAAGAUAUAAUCAACCACUUUCUCAAAAUAUGAACAAGAAAGCUUUGGAAUGAUACUUCAUAAUAAAAUCCACGAUUGGAUUUUGCUGCAACCAUCAGCUGCAACAUAUGAAUGAUGCCAACAGAUCAACACUUGACUACAGCUCUAUUGAUCUGAUCAGCUAAAAGUAAGAGAUCAUUACAGUCCUGUAAUACAUCUGGACGUUUAUGCUGUUACAACAGUUGCAGUAAAACUUGUGUGUGUGUGUGUGUUAGACAAGGUUUAACAUUUUUAUUAAAUAUAUAUAACAACUAAGUUUGAAAUAGCAGUUGAGCGAAGUAGGCCUGAGAUAGAGAGGCAGAGAGAUACGAUCUGUGCCCUGGUUUUUAUCCUCCACAGAUCAAUAUAAAGUAUUGAUGUCUCCAUAUUUGCAUUGUGGCUUUGCAAUGCAGAGGAUGACUAAGGUUCGACAGACUCCACAGUAUCAGUAGAAAUUUCUAUUCUUAGCUAAUUAAGGACACAUAAACUGUGUUUAAUUAAAAUAUGUAAUAUACCUUUAAUAAGUAAUGUGAUUUUUUUCAGAAAAGUAAGUGUCAAAGCAAAGUGACAAGUGGUGGUUGAGUGUAGUUUUCAAUGACACUGAAAUCAUAUUCUCUGUAAAUCCAAUCUGGGCACAUAACACCUUAAUAUGCUCAGAUAAUCUGGAUGGAAAGAGGACAGGGGAGGUGCCACAGAGUGAGUAAAUACAUGACACGAUAAAACAGGAGGGGAAAAUGGGUGGUGAACCUGGAUUAUUGUGGUCCUGUGGGGGAUGUCGAAACAUCAUUGUUCUAGCAGAUGUUUGCUAGCAAGUGCUAAAUGCAAAAUGUGGGGAUACUACUCAGCACAAGCAUGGGACUAGUUGCCAGUUACGUUUUCUGUUGUCUAAUCAAUGUAGCUCUAAAAUGACACAACUGAAUAGAGAUUCACCUGUUUGACAGUAAAUAUUGGUAAGUAUCCCUCUGGGGAGGUGAUGCUGAAUCACGUGAGGUACUGUCCUGUUUAGUCAACUACAGAUAUGUCCUGACAGUGUGAAGCAGCAAGUUCACAUGGAGAGUUUUCCCACACGUGCCUGCAUGAAUGUUUAAUUUGAGAUACUUGUCACCUCACCAUGAUAAGAUUAGGCAACACAAGGACACGUGCUCUCAUGCACACACUUUUCUCACCACCUCUACCAGCUACGUACUGUUGUCAUCUGUCCGGCAACACCUCGGCCCAGUCGCAGUGAUAGCAGACCUGCCUUCAUUUGGUUGUGUUGGCAGGAACUACACUAGAAACAUCAAGGUCACAACCUGUCGUCAUGACUCUGUAGAAAUGAAAGCCUUAAAAGAUCAUAUGGUUCAGCUUGACCUCAGUCUGACCUGAACAUGCAUCCCUCCGUCUAGGUUAGCAGACUUGCUAAUAGCAAAAGAAGCUAUAUCAAGUUGUAUGUUGUAGCCGUUGAAUGGAGGAAGUCAGUAAUUUCUUUCCCUUCAAGCGGUUUAUUUCGCAUAUUUGCCCUUUAAUUUGUUCAUCCUUACACUCAUCACUGUUAACAGGCUGCUGCUAAUGUCUUUUCUUAGCUGUGUGUCUUUACAGAUAUCCCUGCCACUUUCUAUAACAGUGCUAGCUCUUAUGUAAGUUCUCAGAGGAUUAACCAAACCACUGGUGAGAUUACUGGAGUCAUGAGCACAGCUGUAAUCCACAGCAUAUCACCAUCUCUACAGCAAGACACACUAGCCCUUCAGUCUCCGCUGCGCCUCCCUCCUUAUCUCAGUCUUUCGUGUAAGGACUAAUCACCCUGUAUGACUUGGAUUCCUGACCUAAAGUGAGAAAACUUUACUUGAACCUGUUUGAUGCUUCAUCAUGAUAAGACCUUCCAUUUAAAGCCCCAUGACUGCAACAGUACAUCAGGGUGAGAUUUUUUUUUUUCAUGUGUUGAGUUUGGUUCUUCAGUUUAAGACUGUUUACAUGACACCAUCAAUCAUAUUCCUGCUCAGAAGAAGCCAAGUGGAUAGACCACAAACAGUAACUUUCUGAUCCUUAUUCAUACUUGCAGUGUGAUUGAACAAGGAGGCUCUAAAUCAAAAGGAUAAAAAACAGACAGCCAGCACCUCUGAACAGGGAACCGAAAUAUCAAGAGACUUGUUUUUUCCUGGGAUCCGUUCCCUAUUCAACAAACCCUAAUGCUUUUACUCAACAUAUGUCAGAACGAGAGAUCAACACCCAAGUCGAGAUGAACCCUUACGUCACUUCUCACUUCAGGAGGGAUCUCUUUCCCCAUUUCUAUUUGUUGUAAACAUUUGUCUAUCCUGUUUACCUUCCAUAAUUGUAAAAGGCUAUAACAUUAGCUCUUGUUAAAUGUUUUUCAGUUCACUUUGUAUUUGCUGGUCUCGAGCAGGUUUUCAGGGUUUGAUUCUGUCCAAAAAGACUUGAUGUGGAUUCUGUAAUAGAUUUUUCUGCACACGAUUUGACAAGGUAAAUAUUAACACCAUUUCUUAUUUCUAGAUGUAUUUGCACAUUUUGGCUCUGUUUUAUUUAAACUUGAAAAUAUUUGAAUGUAUUUUCUCUUUUCCUUUGCACAUUACAUCUGUGUACAAUAUCUUCUUAUAUUUGUUUGCAGAUGCUCUCUUUGAUGUUCAUUUAGCCUUAUAUGAUUUGGUUCAAUCAGAAAAGGAUGCUGAGUAAGAGACUGAAAUCCACAGACUCAUUUAGACUCUCAGACACAGAAGUUGUCAGCACUCUGCAGGGCAUCUCCUUCAAGGGUGUCAUCAGUCACCUUUAGCACCAGAUCUCCAGAAACAUGUAGAAAUGUUCUCAGGUUAUAAAAACUUGUUUAGGUGUUUAAAACCUUGUUUAUUUAAACUCUCUAUGUAAAUAUUUCACUUAACACUAACACGCAAGUAUUAUACCGUACACAACAAAUCAAAGUAAUCUCUGCCUGCUGUUUUCUUUCCUUCUUAUCCUUUGUCAGACAUAGGUGAAUUCUCAACCAUAUUGCUGAAAUUAUUGAGGUAUGUCUGUCCUGAAAGACUAGCUGUGGCAGGGGAUAUUUACGAUGGCCAUCCAAAACAUACUCAGACCCUUGGAAAGAAAAUGUGAAAUAGUUAAAGCAGUGACAUGAUUGAACAGGAAAUGGCAAACAUAACAAGGUUUUUUCAACUAGGCCCCUUUUGUUGGGCUGACAACCCCUAAUACUGUACGUUCUCAAAGAGAUACUGGCACUGAUUAAAAGAUAAUGAAUAAUGUCAGUUGACAUGAAUUGAAACUGCUUUUCUCUUUUCUCCUCAUGCCAAAAACCAAGGGGGUGUAAAACUAUGAGGAACUUAGUUCGUAAGAAUUGGCAUGUUUUUUUUAUCUUUCUGGCUGCAUGUUAGAAAUUAAUAGACCAUAUUGUCCACUGAAUAAGUGUUUUUGUUUGUCUUACAAUCUCUAGUUGCAUCUUUUACGAACUGAAAUUCUGUGUUUUCUUCCUCUCACUCCACUGCAAUGUCAGCUUGUAGUUUUGUUUAGGUUUUGUUUUUUUGUCAGUGGCUGCAUACGCAAGAAUUCCUUUUUUGUAACUGAAGUGAAUCCAUCCUGCAUGUCUACGUCCUGCCUGUUGAGGUCAACCCAGCCCCACCACUCCUCAGCCAACCAAAUCAUGUAAACUGGGAUUAGUAGUGGUAGUUCUUGGGGGCUGCAGUUGACUUGUUUUGUUUUUGUUUUGCUUCUCUUUACUGCAAAGAGUGUGAUUUAAAGUAAUUUGUUCAAACCAGACUACUUUGUUUGGAAAGAGACAGACUGUAAAAAGGGUCACUUAAACAAGUAGACUGACCAAUGUUGCAAGAAUCUAUAUUCUGCAUGUCUUUGGACACAAUGGACCAACAGUUGUCUCUGUAUUAAAUGGACUGGAAUCGAAAGAAACUGUAACAUCACUCGCGAAAACUCUUCCUCGUGGAGUGACUCUAAGAAACUGUGAAAUUCUGCAGAAGUGACUUUACAGUACACAAUGGGAGCGGCACGUGUGAAACGGCGCUUUAGUGCUGUGGUGGAUGGGCCAGUGGACGAGGAGGAGGUUAUGAGGCUGGCACAGAGUGAUGCAGACACAGCUAGGGUGGGGGGAAGCCCUACGGGCUCAGGGACCCCAACCAGUCCCUCCCCAACCCAUGCCCUCAAUGGAAAAGCUCUAUCUCUUCAAGGCAACACCAACAAUGCACGGAGGCAGAGUGCCAUUGGAGAGUCAGCUGGGAGAGAUGCCGGAGGAGAAGAUGGGAUGGGAGCAGGAGGAAUGUGCCCUGGGAAGAGGAGUGGACGGGGAGGAAGGGAGGAAAGCCGUCCAUCCUCAGACCAGGAUCCCCUCUCUCCCCCUUCCACAGCCAGCCGUCGGCACACCAGGCGUUCAAGCCGCCGGCCCCGUCAACGCUUUGUGGGCAAGGACGGACGCUGCAACGUCACCUUCGUCAACAUGAGCGAGAGGGGCCAGCGCUACCUUAGCGACCUCUUCACCACCUGUGUGGACAUCCGCUGGCGCUGGAUGCUGGUCAUCUUCACCCUCUCCUUCCUUCUCUCUUGGCUGCUCUUUGGAUUUGCCUUCUGGCUCAUUGCCUCCGCACAUGGGGAUCUCUCCAUUCGACUUACACCCAGCUCAGGCUCCUCUCCGGGAUCAGGAGAGACCGGGCAUGGAGAGUCUGAUAGAGAGACGGUUGAAGAGCCGUGCUUCCUCCAGGUGAACAGCUUCAUGGCUGCCUUUCUUUUCUCCUUGGAGACACAGACAUCCAUCGGUUACGGAUUCAGAAGUGUGACCGAAGAAUGUCCCCUGGCGGUGGUGGCGGUCGUUUUGCAGUGCAUUGUGGGCUGCAUUAUUGACGCCUUCAUCAUCGGGGCAGUCAUGGCAAAGAUUGCCAAGCCUAAGAAGCGCAACGAAACACUGGUGUUCUCUGAAACAGCUGUGGUGGCGCUUAGAGAUGGAAAACUCUGCAUGAUGUGGAGGGUCGGAAACCUACGCAAGAGCCACCUGGUAGAGGCACAUGUCAGAGCACAAUUUCUGAAAUCAAGAGUGACACCAGAGGGGGAGUUCCUUCCGCUGGACAACGUGGACAUCAACGUGGGCUUUGACACGGGCACCGACCGCAUCUUCUUGGUCUCACCUGUAACAAUUGUCCAUGAGAUCAACGACGAGUCGCCCUUCUUUGACAUGGACCAAAGGAGCUUGGAGAAGGACACCGAGCUGGAGGUGGUGGUCAUACUCGAGGGCAUGGUGGAGGCCACAGCCAUGACCACACAGUGCCGCAGCUCCUACGUGGCUUCCGAAAUCCUGUGGGGCCACCGCUUUGAGCCAGUACUGUUUGAGAGGAAACAGUGCUACCAGGUGGACUACUCCUUCUUUCAUCGAACAUAUGCCAUCCCUAGCACACCAUCUUGCAGCGCAAAACAGCUGGCCGAGCAGAAAUUCAUACAAAGCUCACGCUCCUCGUUUUGUUAUGAGAACGAAGUGGCUCUCCAACUUGCUUCCCCAGACAAUGAGCACGACCAACACCCUGAGUGUCCCUCUCCACCGACCAGAAGGCUGUCCUUGGCAGAACACCUCCAUUACAAUUAAACUAGGAGGACAGAGGCAACUAAGGAAAUAAAAGGAAGGUUUAGAAAGUAGGAACUGACAAGAGAGAAAGGCUUGUAGAUGGGACCAUAACAUUGCCAGUGUCAGGAUAAAGGCAAUGUAAGACAGUGUUCGUGUUAACAAUGACUGCAGGAGCAGGUUAAACAACACAUUACAAUAUUCAAAGGUUUAGACUUAGGUGAGGACUGUUUCACAGAUUAGGAGAUUUUGUGUUAAAAUAGAAGGAAACUUGAGUAGAUGAGCAAGUUUGCUCACACUGUGCUUGGGAGACUUUUGCCUCAGAGUUGUCUGAUUGGGUCUGGCAGUCUUUCAGAAUCAUUUAAACUUGCCUGAGAAGUCUCCCAUCUGGCCCAUCAGCACCACAACACGCUCAUCUUGUACUAAUUCCUGCCUGUCAGGAUAUGCAACAGCGCUCCCCUGUGGCUGUACCCGGCACCAGCACCUCACUUUAGAUGAUCCUUCUGAAUUUUUUGACCUUAAUCUGAGGUGUGUGGUGGACAGUAGUGUUUACUACUCAGGAAUGUAUUCUGUGUUGAUGCUUACUUAUCACUCUGAGGUUUUAUUUUCUCAUGGUAAGUAUGAAUAGUGCACCUUUUAUUAUGGU